GGCUCCCCAGACGCUCCCCGCCUCGCGUCCAUGGGCUGGGAGAGGGUCCUCGGGGCUGUUGUCAGCGAGGGCCGAAUCAAAAGUGGCAUCUUAGUGCCUUUCCGGGGUUUUUCUCGUGACCUUCUGCCCCCCACCCUUGCUGUCCCCCGGUAGAUGCCCUCGUGGGGGGCGCGAGGCUGUGGGAAGAAAGUUUAAGGUUUGUCAAUAUUAGUCGCAAUUGUCGGGGAGGGGGCUGGGGGCGAUCGGAAGGGCGGCGAGGUGGCCUUCCCCUUCUGUGUUCUCCGGGGUUUCUGGAGAACAAUAUUGCAAGUGACAGCCAGAAGUAGACUUUCUGUCCUCACCGGAGAACCCGGGCGAGCAGGAGGGAGGGAGGGAAGCGAGGGGACCUUUUUUCCCCCCCUCUCUCCCUUUCUGGAGACCUGGUCCGCAGUGAUUUUUUUUUUUUUUUAAGAGAAUCCUCAGUCACCACCUCGCCUCCCCAGCACCACCACAGUGUACAGCUCAUAACGGGGUUUUGCUUUGUUUUUACGAUCCCCCCCCCAACGAAUCACUUGUCAGAUCAAUUUUAUCUUCUCCCUCCUCCCUCCUUCCCACUCUCCCCUCCUCCCCCAUCGAAAGCCCCGUUCUCCGAGGUUAGACAUUUUACAAACCAUAUAUGUUGUUUUUCGAAUGGUGAUUUUUUUAACUCCCCUCUCCCAUGGCUACUCUUCUAGACGUUCGUUUCUGCCCUUCCCCCGCUUAGGGGAGCGGGGGUAGGGGAAGAGAAAAUAAUACAAUUUCAGGGGAAGUCGCCUUCAGGUCUGCUGCCUUUUUUUUUUUUUUUUCUUAAUUAAAAAAAAAAAGGACAUAGAAAACAUCAGUCUUGAACUUCUCUUCAAGAACCCGGGCUGCAAAGGAAAUCUCCUUUGUUAUUGUUAUUUAUAUGCUGUCAAGUUUUGAAGUGGUGAUCUUUAGAGGGUAACUGAGUAUGGAUCAUUUGAACGAGGCAACUCAGGGGAAAGAACAUUCAGAAAUGUCUAACAAUGUGAGCGAUCCGAAGGGUCCACCAGCCAAGAUUGCCCGCCUGGAGCAGAACGGGAGCCCGCUAGGAAGAGGAAGGCUUGGGAGUACAGGUGCAAAAAUGCAGGGAGUGCCUUUAAAACACUCGGGCCAUCUGAUGAAAACCAACCUUAGGAAAGGAACCAUGCUACCAGUUUUCUGUGUGGUGGAACAUUAUGAAAACGCCAUUGAAUAUGAUUGCAAGGAGGAGCAUGCAGAAUUUGUGUUGGUGAGAAAGGAUAUGCUUUUCAACCAGCUGAUAGAAAUGGCAUUGCUGUCUCUGGGUUAUUCGCAUAGCUCUGCUGCCCAGGCCAAAGGGCUAAUCCAGGUCGGAAAGUGGAAUCCAGUUCCACUGUCUUACGUGACAGAUGCCCCUGAUGCUACGGUGGCAGAUAUGCUUCAAGACGUGUAUCAUGUGGUCACAUUGAAAAUUCAGUUGCACAGUUGCCCCAAACUAGAAGACCUGCCUCCUGAACAAUGGUCGCACACCACAGUAAGGAAUGCUCUGAAGGACUUACUGAAAGAUAUGAAUCAGAGUUCGUUGGCCAAGGAGUGCCCCCUUUCACAGAGUAUGAUUUCUUCCAUUGUGAACAGCACUUACUAUGCAAAUGUCUCAGCAGCAAAAUGUCAAGAAUUUGGAAGGUGGUACAAACAUUUCAAGAAGACAAAAGAUAUGAUGGUUGAAAUGGACAGUCUUUCCGAACUAUCGCAGCAAGGUGCCAACCACGUCAACUUUGGCCAGCAGCCGGUCCCAGGGAACACAGCCGAGCAGCCCCCGUCCCCCGCACAGCUCUCUCACGGCAGCCAGCCCUCUGUCCGGACCCCUCUUCCGAACCUGCACCCUGGGCUCGUGUCCACGCCCAUCAGCCCUCAGUUGGUCAACCAGCAGCUAGUGAUGGCUCAGCUGCUCAACCAGCAGUAUGCAGUGAACAGACUUUUAGCCCAGCAGUCCUUAAACCAACAAUACUUGAACCACCCUCCCCCUGUCAGUAGAUCUCUGAAUAAACCUUUGGAGCAACAGGUGUCAACCAACACAGAGGUGUCUUCCGAAAUCUACCAGUGGGUACGCGAUGAACUGAAACGAGCAGGAAUCUCCCAGGCAGUAUUUGCACGUGUGGCUUUUAACAGAACUCAGGGCUUGCUUUCAGAAAUCCUCCGAAAGGAAGAAGACCCCAAGACUGCCUCACAGUCUUUGCUGGUAAACCUUCGGGCUAUGCAGAAUUUCUUGCAGUUACCAGAAGCCGAAAGAGAUCGAAUUUACCAGGACGAAAGGGAAAGGAGCUUGAACGCUGCCUCGGCCAUGGGUCCUGCGCCUCUGAUAAGCACACCCCCCAGCCGCCCCCCACAGGUGAAAACAGCUACUAUUGCCACUGAGAGGAAUGGGAAACCAGAGAACAAUACGAUGAACAUUAAUGCUUCCAUUUAUGAUGAGAUUCAGCAGGAAAUGAAGCGCGCUAAAGUGUCCCAAGCACUGUUUGCAAAGGUUGCAGCGACCAAAAGCCAGGGGUGGUUGUGUGAGCUGUUACGCUGGAAGGAAGAUCCUUCUCCGGAAAACAGAACCCUCUGGGAGAAUCUCUCCAUGAUCCGAAGGUUCCUCAGUCUUCCCCAGCCGGAACGCGACGCCAUCUAUGAGCAAGAGAGCAACGCGGUACAUCACCAUGGCGACAGGCCGCCCCACAUCAUCCACGUUCCAGCCGAGCAGAUUCAGGUGGAAGCCCUGGGGAUCCUCCAGAGUUUCAUCCAAGACGUGGGCCUAUACCCGGACGAGGAGGCCAUCCAGACUCUGUCCGCCCAGCUCGACCUUCCCAAGUACACCAUCAUCAAGUUCUUUCAGAACCAGCGGUACUAUCUCAAGCACCACGGCAAGCUGAAGGACAACUCCGGGCUAGAGGUAGAUGUGGCCGAAUACAAAGAGGAGGAGCUGCUUAAGGAUCUAGAAGAGAGCGUGCAAGAUAAAAAUGCCAACACCCUUUUCUCGGUGAAACUGGAAGCAGAGCUCGCGGUGGAAGGGAACACAGACAUUAACGCUGACUUGAAAGACUGAGACAAAGUAUUAUUGUCCUUCGACAGUGCCACUGGUAUUUACUCGCGGAAGGAGAGGUCCACCUGGCAGUCUCUCGGAAGACCCUUGUUCGUUGUUUGGCCAAUGAAUCUUCAGAAACUUGCACAAACAGGAUAGUCGGGAAAGGAUGGUUCAGACUGCACUAAAUGUUUUACUCUGUUUUACAAACUGCUUGGCAGCCCCAGGUGAAGCAUCAAGGAUUGUUUGGUAUUCAGAGUUAAGCUUUGUGUUCGCGGGCACAGGGAGGUGUGCGCGGUUAGCAUGACGCCAGUGAUAUAUAUUUUUUUUUGAAUUAUUAUUCUGGAACCUCCAACAAGCAUUAUAACUUCUGUGAUUAUUACUUCCUUCCUUUAAUUAUUUCUGUAACACUCCACACUGAUCUUUGGAAACUCGCCCCUUAUUUAAAAGAAAAAGGAAAAAAAAGAGUUUGUUACUCUAUUGUAUGUUACAAAAAGAACUAUAGACUGUGGAAUGCAGUUUAAAGAUGACAUAUGCCAACAAAUGCCUUGUAUUAUAUGGCACUGCCGUAAUUCAAAUUUGUUUUUAUUUUGGAAAUAAAAGUUCACUGUAAUUUUUUUUUCACUCAUUGUUACAUGAUUUUUUUUUAAAAAAAUGAAAAAAAAAUGUGAAACACGACUUAGUCCUCAUUAUUUAUUUGUAGAUCCCGCAGCAUCAUGUUGUAAUUAAUUUUUUGGAAGUUUCCGUUAAAUGUAAUAUUGCUUCUCUUGUUACCAUACUGAUUCUUUUCUAUUUAUAAGUGUAUUUUGAUGGGCAGUAAAACAAAGUGUCUUAAAAGUUUUAAAUAGAGAAAAUGUGCUUUACACAGUUGCCUAUAAAAAGUGCUCUAUGUUAUCCAAGCAAUUCAUACUAUAAGCUUCACUCUGAUUGUUGUAUGCAAUUUUUACUCUCAUGCAAAUAAGCUUAGGUAAAUAAAACUAAUAGAUCACCUUAGAAAAUUA